AUGCAGGAAUCACAGCAAACCUUACUGCCGUCCUAUCUCCGCAUUUUCUCUCUCGAAGGAAAAACAGUUCUGUUCACCGGAGCUACCGGCGGGAUCGGCCGUUCAUUGGUCAGCGCAUUUGCAAGUGCUGGGGCGGAUGUGAUAUCACUCCAACUACCAUCCGAUCCUCCGAUAGUCAAGGGAAUUGUCGAAAGCUUUGGGAGAAGAUGCACCCUCGUAUCUUGCGAUCUCUUAAACCUAGGAACUAUACCUAAGGCCAUCGAAGAGGCACGCAUUCAGGGCAAAUCCAGUAGACAUCCUCAUCAACUGCGCGGGUAUCUUCAUAGCCGGGCCUACGGCAUCCUUCCAAUUACCUCGAUGGAAGACAUCUUCAAAGUAAACGUCACCGCCGGAGUCAUGAUAGCAUCAGAAUGCGUAAAGAGAUGGUUUCUACAGCCGUUCGAUAAACGAGGUGUGAAGAAGAUCAUCAACUUUGCGAGUAUUGCCAGCUUUCAAGGGAACGUGGAGACGUUGGCUUACAGCGCGAGUAAGGCCGCUGUGGUGAACAUGACUAAGGCGAUGAGCAAUGAAUGGGCUCCCCAUGGUAUAUUGGUAAACAGUGUUUGUCCAGGUUAUACCAAAAGCGCGAUCACGAAACAUCUAUACGAAGACGACGCAUACAAUAAACGUAUACUGCCGGGCAUUCCCUGCAGAAGAUGGGCCGAUGGCGAUGAUUUGGCCGGUACACUGAUUUACUUGGUCAGUAGUGCGAGCAACUAUGUCACUGGGACCUGCGCAAUUAUGGAUGGGGGUGCGCUAGGACUGCCAGGGCUGGGAGCACAUCUGUAGAAAGAGAGCAAGCUGCGCUUCGCAGGAGAUUGGGUCAGUCAGGCAGAAUAAUGGCUACGAAAUGCUUGGACUAGAAGAGUGUAGCUAUGCCGCAAAUGAUACGAUUGACACAGGC